AUGUCCGAGCCCGCAGUUCCUGUCACAGAGGCGACUCCAGCCCUAGCAGCAUCGGCGCCGGCGACAGCCACCGGCGCUAUCACCUCGCCUACCCCGCCGAGGACAUCCGGCGAUCAACGAAAGUCGCCCACCCCUAAACUCGACACGAGCAAACCCCAGGACUUCGAUGGGGAGGUAGGCACAAACGAUGUACCUCCGCCCAUCGAAGUCGUCAAAGCGCUCGAUGACUACUUGGUUCUGGAUAAGGAGGGCAAAUCACACACCUUCAAGAGCCUGUACAAUGGCAAGAAUUCGGCGCGGCGAGUCCUCGUCAUCUUCGUGCGCCACUUCUUUUGCGGUAACUGCCAAGACUAUCUUCUAGCCCUCUCCGAAGCUAUCACCCCAGAUGCGCUCCUCAGCCUCCCCGUUAGCACGUCCGUCGUCGUCAUCGGGUGCGGCGACCCAGCUUUGAUCGACAUGUACGCCGAAGUAACAAAUUGCGUCUUCCCCAUCUACACAGAUCCAAGCCGGAAAUUGUUCGACUCGUUAGGCAUGAUCAAGACGUUACAGCUUGGCGCCCGUCCGACCUACACCCGAAAAUCCAUGACCUCCACCGUAGUCACGGGCGUGCUGCAAGGGUUGAAGCAGGUGAAGAGUGGUCUUGCUACGAAAUCUGGCGAUCAGCGCCAGGUCGGCGGAGAGUUUCUUUUCGAGCCCGUCGACGUUGUGAAUUCACCCACACCUACGGUCCCUUCAGGCGAUGAGACAAAAGACGACGAGUAUGGCCUCGAGGAGAAGACGAUUAAGUGGUGCCAUCGUAUGAAGUCUACGAGGGAUCAUACUGAAAUCCCGGAGUUGAAGAAGCUUCUUGGUCUGACGAGCUGA